GGGCCGCGGGUGGGCCUUCAGUCGCAGCCAGGCGGGCUUAGCCUGGCGACGCGGGUGGUGGCCGUGGGGCACGGACUGCAGUGGUCGCUGCACGGCCUCGCGGCCGUGAGGCACUCGCUACAACCUUAGUGGUAGUGCUUUGGCUGAUAACGGAUCCUCACUCUCCGAGCCCGAGGCGGGGACAACUCCAACCUUGAGCCCCGUUUCCGCCCUCGGGGUGCCUGGUGCCUGUGGGGCACUGGUCUGCCUGUGCAGUGAAUGUACUACCACGGAACGGGGGCCGCGAUGGAGCAGGUCACGGCACUGCUGGCGCGUGCUGGGCCUAUCGGUAGCUCGUCCUCUGCUCCGACGUCUUCAUCGUCAUCGUCAUCACCGCCAACAUCCUCCUCCUCAGCCCCUGCUAUCGCAGGGACUUCGGCGGCCUCGAGCAACGUCAGUGCCCCCGGGCCCGGGACCUCCUCGUCCGGGACCGUGGCGGUGCCGACCUGCAAACCGUCCAGCCAGGACGCCCUGCGCUGGGAGAGAAGACUUCAAAAAGAACUGAUGGCAUUUGUGACUGAUCCUCCUCCUGGACUCUCAAUCGACGCGGACGCUACAAGCCAAAACCUUCAGGACUGGACUGUUGACCUUCGUGGAGCAGAUGGCACCUUGUAUGAAGGAGAGAACUUCCAGCUCAAUUUUAAAUUCAACAGCAAAUACCCUUUUGAUGCACCGCAAGUAAUGUUUGUAGGAAAUCACAUUCCUGUACAUCCCCAUAUUUAUAGUAAUGGCCAUAUUUGCCUUUCUAUUUUGACUGAAGACUGGUCACCAGCUCAUAGUGUGCAGAGUGUCUGCCUUUCCAUCAUGUCAAUGCUCAGUAGUUGUAAAGAUAAGAAGAGGCCUGUAGACAAUUCCUUGUAUGUUAAAACAUGUAAUAAAAAUCCAAAGAAGACGAAAUGGUGGUACCAUGAUGAUACCGUUUAAAACCAUAGGAAAUUCUUAAUUCUUUUUUUUUUUUUUAAUUGAAGUUUGGAGAGCAGUUAGUUUGUUAUCACUUUUAGGGCCAGCUCCAUGUAUAGAAUUUAACAGCUUUGUAGCACUACAUGGCUACCCAUAUUCUCAGGCAAUCUGCUCUCCGUCCUUAUGAAGCAAUUGUUUGUUACCAAUCAUUCUCAAUCAUGAUCUCUCACCUCUUUUAUGGUAAGCUGCAGUAUAUUAUACAAUUCGGUUCAUUUUGUAAUGUUUACUUAUUCAGUUGUUGAAUUGAAUUUGUUCUGACUUGUUCACACUUUAAUUUUCUCUUUACUUUAUAUCAAAGAUAAGCUGGAUGGUUGUUCUUUCACUCAGCACACCUGUUUCUGAAGUGAAACUUGUUUUUUUGUUGUUUAUUUCUAUUUAUUUGUUACAUCCAUAUCACAAGAGUUUUGCAUGUGUUAAAUGUCAUACUUAGAGUAGAAUGUCUUGAACUUGCCUAUAACUGUAAAUGACAUGUUUCAAAAUUGAGAAAGCCUUUUACUAUAGAAAACAUUCAAUAAUUUUCAUGGCUGUAGUAGAGGUCAUCUACCAGUGUUAACUCUUCAGAAAAGAAGAGACAGGAACUGAAACCAAUUAUGAGUUCACACAUACAUUUUUUAGACAGACUUGUGUGUACGUGAGACUAGGGUGUGUGGGUUUCUAAAUAUAGAAAUAAUUGUGAUUUUUGUGCGGUGCAUUGGGUUCUCCCAAUUUUGUAAGCUCUGUACAUCCUUUAAUUGGUCUACCUCUCGUAAGGUAGCUCAUAAUGAGGUAAUAUAUUUGACAAGCUGUUGAAUAUCUUACCUUAUUAAAAAUCAGACCAUCAUCGAAUUCAAAGUGAUUCUAAUAGUAUUAACCUAAGCUAUUUUUAAAUUAGACACGCAUAGGCAAAUUCUAGUUCCUUCGUAUGAUAACUUCAAGGACAUUUUGAUGAUCCUUUAAUUUGUUGGUUGCAUGAUAUUCAAUAACCAGCUACCCUUACUUAUUUUGUUUAUUAAACUAUUAUUGUGAUCCAGUAUAUAUAACAUGUAUGUGUGAAUGUAUACAUUUGCACUAUUGUUUUAUUUUGUACUAUAAAAGACUCAUCAUAAA